CUUGCUCGUCGUACAUGUUUAUGAUAUUGGUAAAGAAAAAGAAAAGAAAAUAAAAUAAAAAUAAAAAGAUUUCGAUAAUCACUAUUUCACUCGAUAUUUAAAUCUUUAUUAAGUCAUUUCCAAUUCAUACAUCAUUUUCGAUAAUUCCAUUCGUAUUUGUUCUGAUCAUAGGUCAAUACCCUCGACUUUUUAAACUUCAUGAUUACCACCACAUUCAAUCAACCCUCAUAAUGACCGAAUCGGGAGCCUCACAAUAUCAGGUUCUGGAAGAAUUAGGUUCUGGUAGCUUUGGCGUAGUUUAUAAAGCAAUCGAGAGGGCUACGGGGGAAAUAUGUGCCAUCAAGCAUAUCGAUCUCGAAUCGAGCGAAGAUGACAUACAGGAAAUUCAACAAGAGAUAUCAGUCCUCAGUACCUGCGCCAGUCCAUACGUUACUCAAUAUAAAGGAAGUUUUCUGCGGGGUCACAAAUUAUGGAUUGUCAUGGAAUAUUUGGGAGGAGGAUCAUGUUUGGAUCUGGUAUGAUGAUAUUCACCCAGAGGAAUAGAUCGAUGCAUCGCUGACUGCGCCUAAGUUAAAACCCGCGCCAUUUCACGAAACUCACAUUGCCAUUGUUUGUCGCGAGAUCUUGUUGGGUUUGGAAUAUCUUCAUCAAGAAGGAAAGAUACAUCGGGAUAUAAAGGCAGCAAACAUCUUACUAUCGACCACAGGAAAGGUUAAAUUGGCAGAUUUUGGAGUUGCCGCGCAGCUCACAAACAUCAAAUCGCAAAGGAAUACUUUUGUCGGAACCCCUUUUUGGAUGGCGCCAGAGGUUAUUCAACAAGCAGGAUACGAUUUUAAGGCAGAUAUUUGGUCCCUUGGAAUUACGGCAAUAGAGAUGGUGAAUGGAGAACCGCCGCAUGCCUCGAUACAUCCAAUGAAGGUUCUAUUUCAAAUACCUAAAGCACCGGCGCCAAGGUUGGAAGGUCCGGAUUACAGUAAGGAGUUUAAGGAUUUUGUGGCACAAUGUUUGGUCAAAGACUGCGAUCGUAGACCUACCGCCAAGGAACUAUUGAAGCAUAAGUUCAUUCGCUCUGCAGGAAAGGUUGAGGCUUUACAGGAGUUGGUAGAGAGAAGACAGGAGUGGGAUGGAACAAGGACUCGGCCAUCGCAUCCUAAGUUCUAUGAAGAAACACUGUAAGCAUGUAGGAAAUCUGGUUCUUUAAUCAGCCACUAACAAAUUCCAGUAACACAAUGAACCCGAAAUAUGAACCUGAUGGAUGGGUCUUUGAUACAGUUAAGGCCUCCACUGUAGCACCAUCAAGGAAAAAUGGGAGCAAAAGAAGAAAGCUUUCUGUCAUUCAUGCAAACGGUCAAGGUAGUCAAGCUCCUCCAGAGGAGGCUUUUAAGAAAUUGGAUCUCAAAGAUUCUCCUUUGGAAUAUUCUUCGCCUCCUUCACUACCAGCUGAUAGAGGUACCGUUAGAAGACAGCCGCCAGCGGUGCAACACACUUCUCCAACCAGGCCUCGAGUGGAUAGUACGCAGAGUCAAAACAACACAACAAGGAGACCACCGCUAGCACCGGACAUGAGCUUUGGAAAUACUGGAUCAACAGUUCGAUUAUUCCGCAGGGUCUCGAAUAACUCAAUGUCAUCUAGACCAAGCAGCCCCGAAGAUUCCGCUGAUGUUCCAUCUCAUGAUGAAAAUAAGGCACUCGUGCAGGUAGCUGAAGCAAACACCAAAGAAGCUUACCUAGGACGACGUGCUUAUACGAAAAUUAUCGAUCCAGCAUUCCAAGAAAUGCACGCACAAACUGGCGAUCAAGCUAAAAGACAAGCAUUAUCCCGUCUAGCCGAUGCCUGGGCUGCUCUCGACGCCGUGGAUCCUGAAGGCGAAUAUCACUUACUGAAGCUUCUGAUAAACAAAAUAGAGCAAGAACCCAAGCUUGCUUCCCACAUCUCUCCAAGCAAAUCUUUGGUCUUGAGAGACGAAACCCCUCAGGGAUCACCACAGAAACCCGCCAAUGGAAAACUAGUACUAGCAAAUAGUAAUCCACAUCUCAAAAGUCACCGCAGGAGACAAUCUAGCGCCAUGCCCGAAGUAGAGACAAAGGAAAAGUCAAACCUACCAGGUCAAAUAGUGCCAGGAAUGGAACACACCAAACAACUUGCCGAUGUAUUAUACGCGCGCUGGGCAGAAGGAUUGGGAAAAAAGUUUCCGGUCGUGUAGUGUAACUUAUGUACACAAAUUGUAAAUUAUCUGUAUGUAUGUAGUAUUGAUCGGGACGGGACGCGAUAGGAGUUUGGCAUAUGCUCUUGCUCUUUUUUUUUUUUUCUUUU